GCGAGAGGCUGCCCAACAGCCUGUACUACCUGAUGGUGGAUGGCAUCAUCUCGUCCAAGCUUCCGCAGGCGCUCGCCAAGGGCGAGUGGACGGACAAGUCGCAGCCGCUGGUGGACACGCAAGAGCAGCUCCUCACGGAGCUCACCGAGUACAGGGAAGCAGCCCUCGGGCUGAUCGCGCGCCAUUUGAACAAGAGCUUCCAGGAGAAGAAGAUCUUGUGCAAGGCAUUCUACGACCCGCAGACUAUCCGACAGGGCACGCUCAGCGCUGAGCGCAGCCUGCCCGAGGGCGCCCGGAUCAUGACGCCGAAGAGGCCCAUGAAGGGCCUGCGGUGGAACAUCACCAAGACCGCGGUGGACACUGAGCUGAGGCGCCAGGGCGCGACCACGGUCGACUUCAAGUUCUGCCUGACCUGGCACAGGAACGAGUGGCAGACCGACGGCCAGCUCAUCCACAGAAUUAUGGAUGGGGAUGAUGGAUUCCCGAACUGCACGCACGACGUCAAUUCGCUUGCCGCCCUCGUGCAUAUGAUGGUGCUCGAGUACCUGGAUCUCAUUUCCAGCGAGGACGGAGGCAUGACCGUGCUCGGCAACGUGCUGUGCGACACGCCCCGCGCCCUGCAGGAGCCCUGCCUCCUGGCGCUUGAAAUGAUGAAGUUCGGCAUCCUUUCGGGCGAGCCCUUCGACGCCGCCCAGGCCGAGCGUCCCUUCCCGGAGCUGGUGAAGUACCCCGUCGCGCCAGUGGACACGGACACGAAGUCGCUGCUGCUCCUCACCAGGGUGAUGUCGCUGGUGCCGAUGAGGCUGAAGGCGGACAUGUGGAACGCGGAGGUAGAGUUCGACCUGUCGGCGUUCCACUCGCUCGUGCGAGUGCUGAAGAGGGCCCUCCGCCAGUUGGUGGAGGCAUCCCUGGCUUCCGUCCUGCUGAGGGACCUCUCGCGCACGAAGCUGCUGACCGCAGGCUUCAUGUGCGGCUCGCCGCUGCGGGAGGACAAAACGCAGACCCCCGCCAUCUUGCCAACCUUCAUGCUGCCGCGCGCCUGCAUGGAGGCAUUGUCGUGCGCCACUUCCUGA